AUGACUCUGACUCGCCACGGUGCUGGAUUACCUGCUGGUCUUGCCUGGACCAAGCUCAUCCUCUUCUCACUGACUCGCUUCCCUCUUCUCUAUGCCGCGCCACUGGCAUCGUCUGUCAUCGAGAAGCUAGAUCACGCCCCCAAAUCUCCAGAUGAGCUCAGUCUAUGGCUUUAUCUCGGCAUUGCCGCGGCACUCGUCCUCAGCGGCGGUGCCUUUGCCGGGCUGACCAUCGCUCUUAUGGGCCAGGAUGAAAUUUAUCUCCAAGUGAUCAAAACAUCCGGCGAAGGAGCGGAGAGAAAACAAGCAGAAAAGGUCUUGGACCUAUUGAAAAAAGGAAAGCAUUGGGUCCUUGUCACACUCCUGCUGAGCAACGUUGUCGUCAAUGAGACCCUUCCCAUCGUUCUGGAUCGUUCUCUCGGCGGUGGUUGGCCCGCUGUCAUUGGGAAAGUCGUUCCCCAAUCGAUAUGUGUCCGCUAUGGAUUACCGAUUGGAGCAUGGAUGGCACCCGCCGUCCUUUGUCUGAUGUACAUCACCUCCCCUCUCUCAUACCCGAUUGCCAAACUCCUGGACAGGCUCCUCGGCGAAGAUCAUGGAACAUUUUAUAAAAAGGCCGGCUUGAAAACUCUCGUUACGCUACACAAGAAUCUCGGCACGGCUGGCGACCAGCUGAACUCUGAUGAGGUUACCAUCAUCAGCGCCGUUCUCGACCUCAAAGAAAAGCCCGUUGGCAGCAUCAUGAUCCCAAUGCAAGAUGUCUUCAUCAUGUCUGCAGACACCGUUCUCGACGAAAAGAUGAUGGACUUGAUCCUCUCUCAAGGCUACUCCCGCAUCCCAAUCCAUGCACCCGAUAACCCUCAAAACUUCGUUGGCAUGCUCCUUGUCAAGAUGCUGAUCACCUACGACCCUGAGGACUGUAAAAGAGUCCGGGAUUUCGCCCUUGCCACCCUCCCAGAAACACGGGCAGAAACAAGCUGUCUUGAUAUUGUCAACUUUUUCCAAGAAGGAAAAGCUCACAUGGUCUUGGUCUCAGAUUACCCCGGCGAAGAUCACGGCUCUCUAGGCGUUGUCACACUCGAAGAUGUAAUUGAAGAGCUCAUUGGCGAAGAAAUCAUUGACGAAUCCGAUGUCUUUAUUGAUGUCCACAAAGCAAUUCGUCGAAUGGCGCCAGCACCCAAGUUCAACUUUCCAAAGGGGCAUUUUGUCGAAGUACCACCCUCCGCUCACGACAUCGGAGUUGACACACUCCCUACUACGCGUAACUCAGAUGCAGAACAGCAUAACGAACAUCCUCCACCCAAAAACAUACUUCCUAUCGGAUCUCCUCCUCCACCCACAUUUUACCUGCGACAAACCCCAGUUGUCGACAAACCAGAUGGCAGUAGCCAACCCAUUAUUCAUCGAGGCGCCACGGCGGAGAUCAAGGAACAAUUGAAGCAUCUUGGCCCAUCAAACCUUGCAAGCCGUCCUCGUCAAACCCGAUACAACGCUGUUAAAAUAAAACGCGCCGGGAUCUCGCCAUCAAGGUCUUCCCAGGCCCUCAGCGGGCGUGACUCCUAUUCUGACUAUCCUCCUCCCUCAGACGCGCAACCUUCAGAAUCUGACAACCUACUGGUGAAAACCGCCAGCGAACGCGCAGUCAACCCAAAAACAUCAUCUUCUUCACCAUAUGGUACUACCACGGACCAAUCUCAACGUCCAUCUCAUCUAACACACUCUGUUACCGAACCAAAUAUUGGGCAAGGCACUGUUGCUAAUCAGCACACGCCACCGUCACAAACCACUAUCACUACCCACGAAUCUCCUGCUAAAAAGCAUGGUCCCUCUCCAUUAUCCAAAAAUGGAACUCGUUCAUCAAGCAUCAAUUCUGAUACACCAUCUGCUUCACCAGCAUAUUAUCCGCGAGGCCCCACAAGAAGUGGCAGCAUAACCGAACAAGUUGUCGAUAUCCACGGCAUUCGCAAGGUUGUCCUACAAACAAGUGACCGCAAUCUUUCCGAAUGCGACAGUACCCACAGCGCUUGUCUCUCGUCCUCCUCACAAGUGAGUGACAUGAAGGAUUUCGCCGAAAUAGAUCAUACCAACAGCGAGCAAUCGACCCAUCAAUCUAAUGGCUCUUCUGCGAAGAAGAAGCGAAGACGCAAACGAAAACCCACUGGGUCAAAACACAACAACCAAAAUGACGAAUCUCAUCCCCUAUUAGAUGAUUGA